AUGAAGCGGAUGAAGAAGAAAGUCAAGGAACUGCUACACUUGGAGCAGCGUGAUCCGCCGCAAGAACUGAGCCAAGACCCGCUCCAGCCGGGCCCCCCCGAGAGCCCGCCUCGAGAACCGAGUCAAGACCCGCUCCAACCGGGCCCUUCGGAGAGCGCGCCGCCAGUCCCCCCCUUCCCCGAUGGAGUCAAAGUUCUGCACGACUGUCCCGAUGCCACGGUCGACAUUUGUUUCGUCCACGGCUUGACUGGGAACCGGGACAGUACCUGGACCGCCGACGGGCAGUCCACGCCCUGGCCAGGGACCCUUCUACCGCAGAAGCUCAAGAACGCCCGCAUACUCACGUACGGAUACGACGCAUACGUGUUGCGACGAUCGGUUGCAUCGAAUAAUCGGCUGAAAGACCAUGCCAAGAACCUUCUGAACGACCUGACGACAGACAGAGCUAGCUGCGAAGCGCGGUCUCGUCCCCUCAUUUUCGUUGCCCACAGUCUGGGCGGCCUUGUCUGCAAAGAGGCUAUUCUGCACUCGCGAAACCAUCCCGAAUCUCACCUUCGCGACAUAUUCGAUUGCACCAAAGGCAUCAUAUUCAUGGGCACCCCUCACAAGGGGUCUUGGAUGGCCGAUUGGGGUCGGAUACCGGCGAGGGCUAUUGGCCUUGUCAAGUCUACCAACGAGUCGCUCUUGGGGAUCCUGGAAACGAAAGAUCAGUUCCUCGAAUCUAUUCAAGGCCGGUUUUUGGACAUGUCAGAACGCGUAGAAACCCCGCCGCAGCCAUUCGCUACCAUUCCCUUUUCCCGCGACCCCGAUUUCGUUGACCGCGGCGACAUUCUCGACCAGCUUCGCCAGCGGUGUCUCGAACCGGCUGGCCGUGUGGCUUUGGUUGGCCUAGGUGGCAUUGGCAAAUCGCAACUUGCCAUCGAAUUCGCCCACCGAACCGCCGAGGAAACACCCAACAAAUGGAUCUUCUGGAUCCACGCUGGCACGCAGGCCCGCGUCGAAGAAGGCUUCCAGGCCAUUGCCAACGCCGUCAAGCUACCCGGUCGGAACCAGCCCAAGGCCGACGUAUUACAGCUUGUAUACGGUUGGCUCUCCAACGAACGGAACGGCCAAUGGACCAUUAUCCUUGACAGCACCGACGACGGAGACGUGUUUUAUGCGACGAACGACGGCCGCGAGGGAAAACCGUUGGCAAGCUACCUCCCACAAAGCCGAAACGGAUCCAUCGUCGUUACGACUCGCAACAAGGGCCUAGCAUAUAGGCUUACCGGGAACCACAACAACAUUAUUGAAAUUGGGCCGCUGGUCCUGGCCGAUGCUCUCCUUCUCCUAGAGAGAAAACUGGGCCCGCUCCCCGAUACGGACACAGCCAAAGCCUUGGUGCAGGCACUUGACUUUGUUCCCCUUGCCGUCAGCCAGGCGGCGGCAUACAUCCGGGCAAGGUCGCCGCUGAGCUCAAUCGUGUUGUAUUUGGCCGAGUUUCAUAAGGGCGAACGCAAACCCGACCUUCUUGCGCUCAUGAGCUUCUUCGAUCCACAGGGAAUCGCUUUAUCGCUUCUUAAGCCCGUCAAUACCGAAAGUGUCCAGCGGGAUUCAGGGUCGGAAUCUGGCAGUAGCAGCGACGAGGCAGAUGACGGUUUUGAAGACGAUGUGGCCAUCCUGCAAGACUUUUGUCUUGUAUCUACAAGCGAGAACGCGAGCGUGUUGGAGAUGCACGGGCUCGUACAGCUGUCGAUGCGGCAAUGGCUGGAAGCGGACGGGCUGCAAGACAAAUUCAGGCGACAGUUUGUUAAGCGGAUGGCGGCGGCGUUUCCUACGGGGGACUACAGCAACUGGGCGACAUGCCAGCAGCUAUUUGCGCAUGUCGAAGCAGCAAUAGACUGCCGGCCAACUGAGGAGGGAAUCAAGGCCGGUGGCAGGAGGCUGAAAAGCUAG